AUGGGGUCUUUACUCAUCAUCACUCCGGCGAUUUUCGGCUUAAUCUUUGCGUUUUUUAUGUACAAGAAGAUCAACAGGAUACAGUUGUACCGAGCCACGCGAGGGCAGGACGACGAUGACUUGUUGAUGCGACGAAUGGAAUCAGUCGGGGAUGAACUCGAAUCCGGUGCCAAUGGCGGGGAUCAAUAUCGCAAGUUGAGGCAGAUUUACCGGGAUAUUCAAGAAGGGGCGAAAGCGUUUUUGGCCGCUGAAUAUCGCAUGUGCGUGUACUUCUUGGCCGCUAUGGGCGUGUUCAUUUCCAUUUUUGUCUCCAGAACGGACGAUGGAUGGGACUUCAAAGUUGGCUCCCUCACGGCGUUCGCGUUUGUGGUCGGCGGCGUCACGAGUAUGGUUUCCGGCUACAUCGGCAUGAUGAUCGCGGUCUUUUCCAACGCUCGAUGCACGAUGAGUGCGGCGAAAGAUAACAACAGCGAAGCGUGGAAAGAAUCGUUCAAUUGCGCCUUUAGAGGUGGGGCAGUUAUGGGUUUCGCGUUAUCCGGUUUGGGAUUGUUGGUGAUGUACUUCAUCAUGAUUUGCUACUCCGGCGCGUUUAGCAUUCAAGGCGGCGAAGCGGUCAAACUCUUCGAGUGCAUCGCCGGUUUCGGUUUGGGUGGAUCAUCCAUUGCCAUGUUCGGAAGAGUUGGCGGUGGGAUUUACACCAAAGCUGCGGAUGUUGGCGCGGAUUUAGCCGGGAAAGUUGUCGCGGGUAUCCCGGAGGACGAUCCCAGAAAUCCGGCGACGAUUGCCGAUAACGUUGGCGAUAACGUCGGUGACGUUGCCGGUAUGGGUUCUGAUUUGUUUGGUUCUUUCGCGGAAGCGACGUGCGCUGCUUUAGUCAUCGGUGCGGAAUCUGUGGAUUUAGUUUCCGCUGGUUGGGAUACGUUGAUGUUUCCGUUGUACAUCUCGUCCAUCGGCAUCUUGGCGUGCGCCGCGGUGUCUUUUAUCGCUACGGAUUUAGACCCGGUCAGAAACGAAGCGAGCGUGGAACAAGUGUUGAAGAAACAGUUGACAUUUUCCACGCUUGCGAUGACGAUUUGCGUGUACCCGUUGUGCCGCAUCUUCAUGCCGCAAGAAUUUUACUUGGGCGGUAGAACCUUUGCCGUGGCGUGCGUGGAUGGCGUCGUCUCUUCCAAGUGCGUCACGAAUGGUCCGCACGCCGCGUUUGCGUGCAUCGCCGCUGGUCUUUGGGGUGGUUUGAUAAUUGGCUUUGUCACUGAAUACUACACGUCGCACUCGUACGCUCCGGUAAGAGAAGUCGCGAGAUCGACGGAAACCGGCGCCGCGACGAACAUCAUCUACGGCUUAGCGUUGGGUUAUAAAUCGUGCGUGAUUCCAAUCACCAUGCUUGCGCUCUGCGUGUUCAUCGCCUUUUCUAUGGCAGACAUGUUUGGCGUCGCUUUGUGCGCGUUGGGUAUGUUAGGUACGUUGCCAACCUGCUUGGCGAUUGACGUGUACGGUCCGAUUUGUGACAACGCCGGUGGCAUCGCCGAAAUGGCGGAACUUCCGGAAUCGGUCAGGGACAAGACAGACGCGUUAGAUGCGGCCGGUAACACGACCGCAGCGAUCGGUAAGGGGUUCGCAAUUGGCUCCGCGGCGUUGGUAUCGUUGGCUUUGACGGCGGCGUUCGUCACGCGAUCGAAAGUUCUCGAAAACGGCGUCAACAUGCUCAACCCGGUGGUCUUUGCGUUCUUGCUCAUCGGAAGUAUGCUUCCGUAUUGGUUCUCUGCGAUGACCAUGAAGUCGGUCGGUAUUGCUGCCAUGGAAAUGGUGAAGGAAGUCAAGAGACAGUUCGAUACCAUCCCGGGUUUACUCGAAGGUGCCCCAGGUCACGCGCCGCCGGAUCACGCCAGAUGCAUCAAAAUCUCCACGGACGCGAGUUUAAGAGAAAUGAUUCCGCCGGCAUGCCUCGUCAUGGCCGCGCCGAUCAUCACGGGCACCUUGUUUGGCGUCGAAGCCGUCGUCGGUUUACUCGCCGGUGGGUUAGCAUCCGGCGUGCAGCUCGCCAUCUCCGCCUCGAACACGGGCGGUGCCUGGGAUAACGCCAAGAAGUACGUCGAAAAGGGUGGCUUGUACAUUGACGUGCCGAAGCGUUCGCGCGCGAGAGACGAUCCAGAGGACGGACCGUUUACGGGAGAGAUUUUAAGAAACAUGGACGGGUCCAUGAUUAUGAUUUCGGAAAGACAGAAGAAAGGGUCGGAGUGCCAUAAAGCCGCGGUUGUUGGUGAUACCGUCGGCGAUCCGUUGAAGGAUACCAGCGGACCGGCGUUGAAUAUUUUGAUGAAAUUGAUGGCGAUUUUGAGUCUCGUGUUUUGCGACUUUUUCAUGUCCAUCAACAACGGCACUGGAUGGUUUGCGAUCCCGAGAGCGACGAUUGGAGCCGCCUCGAGUUUCUAA